GGGACUGGAAGGGGUUCAGAGAAGAGCGACACUGAUGGUCACUGGAGUGGGAGGGACUUUGUGAGGUUCUGUUCCAACCUGCUCGAAGCGCAGUCAGCUUUGGGAUCAGAGCACAUUACUCAGGGCUUUUCCAGUCUGGUUCUGAAAGCCUCAAGGGCUAGAUACUGGACAGCCUCUCUAAGCAAUUUGUUUCAUUGCUUGACUUUUCUGCUGCUGAAAAGCUUUUUCUUUUUACUUGAUCAGAACCUUUCUUAUUUCAAUUCUUGACUGUUGUCAAUAAAAGCCCCACAGGGGAAGUGUUCCCAGCCCCUGACUGUACUGGGCCAGAAUCAAUCACUGUAUUCCAGACACAGGCUAACGGGUACUGAGAGGAAGGAGAUAAUCCACUUCCUUGAUGUGCUGGCUCUGUUACAUUAAUGCAGCUCUGGUUGCUGGUGGCCUGUACUGCCAGGGCAUGCUGCUACCUACCAUGAGUCUGACGUUAUUUUCUGCAAAGGUGUUCCCCAGCUAGCCGGUCCACCGCCUGUAGGUGCAGGGAUUUCUUACUGUGCCAAUUUCAUGUCAUCUGCACACUUGACAAGAACCCAUUUUCUCCCCUCUCUGGCUAUCUGAUAAAGGUGUGGAAUAGGACACAUUCCAGUGUAAUCUUCCUUCAUACCCUUAUUGCCAGUCUCUGGGUAGAGACUGACAUGUUAGCCACUGUCCUCUGAGUUCAACCAUUUCUCCACCCGUCUACUUCUGUUGUCUGCCCAUUUAGAUCACAACUUCCUAACUUGCAUAGAAGAAUACUGUGAGAAAUUGUUGAAAGCAUGGCUAAAAUUGUUAAAUGACAUUUACUGCUUUCCCCUCACCACAAAUUUUCUGUGUUUUUGUGAUGACUUGAGACAAAAUGUUUGUGUUUGGAUCCACAAUAGCACCUUGCCUGCGUAGUUCGUACUGCAGCAAUGGAAAGGAAUAAAUAAGGACCUUCUACAAAAAAUGACUGAAAAAGAAAAAGCCACACUGUCUCUUAUAUCCUUAAGGAGAAAUGCAAACUGGUUCUAGGCAUUUAAAUUCAUAACGUUAUUUGAUAUUGAAAAUCAUGGACUUAGAAAUUGAGGCAUUGGUUUUGCAGACAUUGGAUGUUCACUUUCCUCUUCCUCCAUAUUGUGAACUUAUUCCUGUUGUGAUCCUGUGUGGAUUGCACAGCUGAAUUGUCUGACCCAGGAGGUGUGGCUCCCCAGCUCCUCCAUCUGCUCACAUCACUUUUAUUUCCUCCAUAGCUACUACCUAUCUUUAGUCUUAGAUGUGUAACAAUACAUAUACAUACAUACAGUAUUUAGAGCUAUUCUGCUCAACUGAUAUUUAGAUAUUUUGUUUUUCAUUUCUCUUACAGACUUAAAGAAAGGCUUUGUGCUCAAAGAUACUUAUUGUUUCAAUAUUUUUUUCCUCUAACUAAAAUAUUAUGGUCUAAUAAGAUUUAAUCUCUCCCUGGAAAUGCUGACUUGCUUAUGUCCUUUAGGUCAUUGCAACUGUGGUGCACGUUUGCCAUAAGCAUAUUGACCUCUUUUGGAAAGAGACUUUACUCUUCUGUGCUGUUCUGUUACAGAGCUGUACACAAUGUACUCAAUCAAAAAAAAAAAACCACGUAUAUGUAUUUACUUUAAUAGGGUUUCAGCUGUGGUGUUAUAGAAUUGAUUUCACAUUUUAUCAGAAAGACAGACUGGUGUUUUAUUUCCAGCCAUUUUCCAGAAAGGUAUUUUCUCAUUGCAGCUGGGACACUUCUGUGAUAGAACUUAUUUAAAUAAUUUACCAUUCAUAACACAGAUCUUUUUGAUUCCUAGAGAACCUUAAUAUUUGGGGAAAGCUUUCCUUCCUGAAAGUGCUACUUUCCAUGUUGUUCCCCCAGUUCUCUAGAGACAGUUCUAAAGAGGAUGUUACUGAGUAGAGUAAACAAUUGACUGAUAAAGAGAUUAAUCAUAUUGAUCCUGAUGAGUAGCUCUUGAAAUGUAACCUGAUUGCACUGAACUCAUGCAGUGAAUCCGGCAGGAGUUGCACCAUGUUCUGUGCUAGCACUGGUGUAGGUGGGGCAGGCCUCCCCUGGUCCAUGUCCACUUCUGAACACCCAGGCUGUAGAGCAGAUGUCUGAGGAUCACCUGGCUGGGUUGGGUGAAUCUGUCCAGUCAGUGGCUAUAUAUUGGUGUAUGUGUAUACAUAAAGCUGUAUGUGAGCAUACACAACUAGGUGUAUGUUUAGUAAAUCAUGUGCCAUGUGUAUAAGGAGUGAUGUGUGACAGUUCUCUGGUUGGAGCUGCUGAAUAACAUUAGCUAAAGAAUGCCUUUUCUGUACACUGCAUUAUUGAAAUUGGAUGCUCUCUUCUAGGUAGGGGAUUUGAAACCCCAGUGCAGCUUUCAUAUUAGUGAGCUCAAGCUCAGAUCAGUUAUUCGUUUAUCUGUUGUUUUUGCCUCCUCUCUUGGAUCAGAGAUGUCUUACAGAGUUGUUUAAUUUCAGUUUCCAUGCUUUAUAUUAACCUACCUGGCCUUACCUCCCCAGGAUCUCAGAAUUGCUUGGCUUAAACCUCAGCUCUUGGAGGUCUAAGGGAAUGAGAGAGGUUUGUGGUAAUAUUUCAGCUGUUGUAUUUUGAAAUAAGAGUAGCUAGAGAUUGGCUUGCUUGCAGGAUAACGAGAAAAGUCAGUCUGUUCCAGGCGUGGCAAUUCUGAGAUCUCUGCUGGCGUGUUUCUCAUCUCAUAGUCCUGGAAGCUGCUGCAUGCCCUUCUUCAGCUUCUCUCCUCAUAUUUCUUUUUAAGGCAAGAUGAAGCAAAGCACUUUGGAUGCUUUUGUCCCCAGCACAGACUGUGCAGUUUUGCUUUCAGGUACUUCUGUAUUUACUUCUUUUGGUGUGGAGGAGACAGACCACGGUUCCUUAUAUUUGCUUUCAUAUGUGAGAUUUUAAAUUUGCAGCAGACUCUUAGCUUUAUUUAGUCUCAAAUCUGGAUGACAAAUUCUCCAGGGGAUUGAGUUUUCCUCCUAGUUCCAAAUCGCAUGCAUCCCGAUUAACAGGAGGAAAAAAUCCUCUUGGCAGAAUGGAAUAGUAGUUUUGUGGUUUAGUGUGACAUACAUCUCUGUCCUGUUCCAGCUUGCUGACCUGAUAUUUAAUGUCUGUCCCUUAAAACUGGAGUUGAGCAAGUCUUUGUGCAUGUCAUGCAGCUGUACAUGAAGUGGGUGUUCGUAGUCCUGUAUCUUGUCUUUAUUUGCAGGGCAAGGUUUUUCAAGUAAGAGCAUCUUUUUUGUUUCCGUGAUGAAGUUCAAAGGACUGAGUCCAAUUUGGAUAGCCAAUCUGGAUAGCCAGAUAGGUAGCUUCUUUUUAUGAGGAUUAAUUCAGAAAGAGCUCAAACCAUGUACUCUUCUGCUUAACAGUGUUAUAAAGCAGAAGUUUCUCAAGAUGAUUAUGUCUUUGAGAAGCAAGUUCUUCUGUCUUUCUCAAGUGGAGGGUUAAAAAACCUGUGUUUUAAGAAAUGGGAUGUUACUUUAAAUUACUUUUGGUGUGAGUGUGCAUAUAGUCUGUCACUGAGGGGCAGGUGGAAUUAAUGACCUGUAAUUCUUCUACUGUCUAUUUCUUCUAGAAAUAUUUCCCAUCAGUUUGGGCACCGUUAAUGGCAAAUAUAAAGAGAUUUUAUUUUCUUGUUUUAUUUAGUGUCAAUGUACUCUAUUGCUUGUUAACUCUAUUGCUUGUUCAUUCAAGUGUGAGUCACUUUUUUUCCCUUCAGAAUCAUUUUAAAGACAUGAAAGGAAAAACAUUAGCUAAUUUAUUACAGAAUUCUUAAUUUUUGCCAUGUUAGUCUAAUUACAGUUAAGUAUUCUGUUUCCCGUUUGCCGUAGUUUAAGCCUUAAAGCAACAGCUGAACCUGGGGGUCAGUAGUAAGGCCAUUUCAGAGUUUUUCUGGCAUGUUCUGAAACUCCUACAUUUCCUAAUGCUUACAUGGACCCCUGUUUGCUAUCAGUUUAGCCCAAUGCACAAAUCCAACAAGAGUAAUUAAUAGCUUCUGUUUUCAUAUUACUGUAAUGUGGAGGCUUUCAUGUAUUUGAGACUGAUGUCCAUGACAGUAGUUACCAGAACAUUUGUCUGAUAUUGAACACGAGCAGAGUCACUUCUACUGAAUUCAGUGAGAAUGAAACUAAUGUCCAUAUUUCUAGUGAUUACUUCUGUGAAAUAAUGAUGUUGCAGUGUAAAGUAUUUUGUAUAUAGGUUGAGCUUAGAAUUUGGUUUUGGAAUAGUUUAGAAAAGAAAAUUUAGGGAAAUCUGUCUAGGAGGUCUUUGGUCUUCAGGGGAUGACCCCAGUUCCCAUCUCAGAUAGUACAGUCUGUUUUGGCACUACCACCAGUCUGACUCCGUGCACCUGCAUGUCAGAGUGAAAGCACAGCUUUAGCUGUUACAGGUCAUGCCCUUACGCAGCGCCUUUGUGAGAUUAAGAAGCCUCAAGCUUCCUUACCUUGCAUUACUUCUUUGUCUCUCCCUCUGGACGCCCUAACUCACUUUAUCAGCGUCCUGCUUUGUCUUUGCAGCAGAUAUCUGCAUUACGAAGGAUUAUUAAUGUAUUUAGAUAAAUUUAGAUUUAGAACCAGCUUGCCUUUUCCAUGACUUUUCAGGGAUCCCUCUCAUUAACAGAAGAAAAGUCAGUCUUUCUGAGUCUGGAAAACUAAGCCACUUUACGAUUCUGACAGACUGAUGCUUAAAAUGAAAAACAAAGAAGCCACCAUAGGUGACUGUCAAGUUAAGGGGGCUUUAGGUAGAAAGCAGCAAUUUCAGGCAUCUCACAAGGGCUGAAAGGGUAGGUGAGAUGGGGCACACAGUAACUGUUGCUGUUGCUCCCAUUAGAAAGCACAGGAAUCUUUUUCCUGUAUCUUGAUGGUUGUUUGGUGAAUCCUGAGGAGAGUGGACUUGAUACGAAUUUAUUUCUGUCAGAUGUUAUGAAAUGUCACAUGUUAUGCUUGUAAGUGGUAGUCAGGUUUAGUGGAGCCAGACUUACCCUUGGCGGGGGCUGGUGCAGAGUAAAAGCUCUUCAUGGCAUUUGAGGACUUUGUUUUUUGGGUUGAGCUGAUGGACCACCCUAACCUGUGAAAGCAUGAGUCUCUUUUGAGAUGCAGGACUACCUGUGCUUCACAUUCUCGGUGUGUGCAUUUCACAUCCAUCUAUACUUGUUUUCCCUUAAUCCUUGCAGUAGUUAAUGUCACCCUUUUGAAUUUCAUGUUGAGAGGAACUGAGUAUAGAGAAGACAUGUUCUGGCUUAUGUUAGCAUCUGUGGAGGGCAUCAGCUUGCCUUCCUUCUUUCCUUUAACAGUAUUUCUAGCUAGUUCAUAUGCUUAUGGCUUUCUGUCACCCAGAUUGAGUAAGCAUGUGGAUCAUACAUUCUGGAAUGGAAUCAUAGAAUGCUUUAGUUUGGAAGGGACCUUAAAGAGCACCCAGUUCCAAACCUCUGCCAUGAGGAGAGACAACUCCCAUUAGAUCAGGUUGCCUGGUGCCCCAUCCAGCUCAACCUUGAACACCUCCAGGAAUGGGGCAUCCACCACCCUAGGCAGCCUGCGACAGGGCCUUGCCACUCAUAAAAAAUUUCUUCAGAUUAUCUAAUCAGUAUCUAAGUCAAACUACUUUUACUUCUUCACUCUUAUUAAAUAGUGAUAGUGUGUCUCUUCAGAGCUUGGUAGAUCUCAAACUUUUAGUGUAUUUAUAGCUUUCUUGCUGAUAAAGGAAACUGCAAAAAAAAAUUAAUUGGGAGAGAACUCAUAUUCUUCUAAAAUGCAGAUGUUAUCUAAGAAGCUUUUCAUAGUUAUUCUGCCAUUAUUUAAGCUUUCUAUCUUGCAUUUGUAUGCAAGUCCUUAACUGUUUGCAAGAGGCAGUUGCACUAUUCCUCGCCCUUUUCUUUAUCUCUCUGUCCCCACCAGUGAUGAUCCCUUUUAAAGGAGAAGGCUAGACUACAGCUCUGUCUUCUACCAGCUCUAUUCCAGAAAUGAGAUUCCUUUCCUUUCAUCCUGGAAGAUGCAACUAAAAUUGCUGACUUCAUGCUCUGUACUAAAAGCUUUAAUGGAAACUGGGUGCCUGUAUAUUCAAGUCUGCCACUAAGAAACCUCGGAAGUCUCCAGGAGACAAAGGUCGUUCCGAUUCUGGAGCGAGAGGAGCAAGUCGUGGAAGAGCUAAUGGCCACCCUCAGCAGAAUGGAGAAGGGGACCCUGUCACUUUGUUUGAGGUGGUUAAGCUGGGAAAGAGUGCUAUGCAGUCUGUGGUGGACGACUGGAUUGAAUCAUAUAAACAAGACAGGGACAUAGCACUUCUGGAUUUAAUCAACUUCUUUAUCCAGUGUUCAGGAUGUCGAGGCACUGUAAGAAUUGAAAUGUUCAGGAACAUGCAAAAUGCAGAAAUAAUAAGGAAAAUGACAGAAGAAUUUGAUGAGGACAGUGGUGAUUACCCCCUUACCAUGCCUGGGCCACAGUGGAAGAAGUUUCGAUCCAAUUUUUGUGAGUUCAUUGGAGUGCUCAUUCGACAGUGUCAGUAUAGCAUAAUCUAUGAUGAGUACAUGAUGGACACGGUGAUCUCUCUUCUGACUGGUUUGUCAGAUUCCCAGGUCCGGGCUUUCAGGCACACCAGUACAUUAGCUGCUAUGAAGCUUAUGACUGCUCUUGUGAACGUUGCCUUAAACCUGAGCAUUCAUCAGGAUAAUACACAGAGGCAGUACGAAGCUGAGAGAAACAAAAUGAUUGGCAAAAGAGCUAAUGAAAGAUUGGAGCUACUGCUUCAGAAAAGAAAAGAGCUACAAGAAAACCAAGAUGAAAUUGAAAAUAUGAUGAACUCUAUUUUUAAGGGCAUAUUUGUUCAUAGAUACCGCGAUGCUAUUGCUGAGAUUAGAGCUGUCUGUAUCGAAGAAAUUGGUGUCUGGAUGAAAAUGUACAGUGAUGCCUUCCUGAAUGAUAGUUAUUUAAAAUAUGUUGGUUGGACACUACAUGACAGGCAAGGUGAAGUGAGGUUGAAGUGUUUGAAAGCUCUCCAAAGUCUGUAUACCAACAGAGAGUUAUUUCCAAAACUGGAGCUGUUCACUAAUAGAUUCAAGGAUCGCAUUGUAUCAAUGACACUUGAUAAGGAAUACGACGUUGCUGUGGAAGCCAUUCGAUUAGUCACACUAAUACUUCAUGGAAGUGAAGAAGCUCUGUCAAAUGAAGACUGUGAGAAUGUUUAUCACUUGGUGUAUUCAGCACACCGGCCUGUUGCAGUAGCAGCUGGAGAAUUCCUUCAUAAAAAACUGUUCAGCAGACAUGAUCCCCAAGCUGAAGAGGCUCUAGCAAAGAGGAGAGGACGAAAUAGUCCAAAUGGAAACCUCAUUAGAAUGUUGGUUCUCUUCUUUCUUGAAAGUGAGUUGCAUGAACAUGCAGCCUAUUUGGUGGACAGUUUGUGGGAGAGCUCUCAAGAACUGUUGAAAGACUGGGAAUGCAUGACAGAAUUGCUCUUGGAGGAGCCAGUUCAAGGAGAAGAAGCCAUGUCUGACCGUCAGGAGAGUGCUCUGAUUGAGCUGAUGGUGUGUACAAUCAGACAAGCUGCUGAAGCACACCCUCCAGUUGGCAGAGGCACUGGCAAAAGAGUCUUGACAGCAAAAGAAAGAAAAACACAGAUAGACGACAGAAAUAAAUUGACUGAACAUUUCAUUAUUGCACUUCCUAUGUUGCUAUCAAAGUAUUCCGCUGAUGCAGAGAAGGUUGCAAAUCUCCUGCAAAUCCCUCAGUAUUUUGAUCUGGAAAUCUAUAGCACUGGCAGAAUGGAAAAGCAUCUGGAUGCCUUACUGAAGCAAAUUAAGUUUGUUGUGGAAAAGCAUGUGGAAUCGGAUGUUCUCGAAGCCUGCAGCAAAACCUACAGCAUACUCUGUAGUGAAGAAUAUACAAUCCAGAACAGAGUUGAUAUAGCACACAGCCAACUUAUUGAUGAAUUUGUGGAUCGAUUUAACCAUUCUGUAGAGGAUCUGCUGCAGGAGGGAGAAGAAGCCGAUGAUGAUGACAUAUACAAUGUGCUAUCCACAUUGAAGAGAUUAACCUCUUUUCACAAUGCUCAUGAUCUCACAAAAUGGGAUCUGUUCAGUAACUGCUACAGAUUACUAAGAACUGGAAUUGAACAUGGAGCUAUGCCAGAACAGAUAGUUGUUCAGGCACUGCAGUGUUCGCACUACUCUAUUCUCUGGCAGCUGGUGAAAAUCACUGAAGGUUCCCCUUCCAAAGAGGACUUGCUGGUAUUGAGAAAAACUGUGAAAUCCUUUCUGGCUGUCUGCCAGCAGUGUCUAUCAAAUGUCAACACCCCAGUUAAAGAACAGGCCUUCAUGCUGCUCUGCGAUCUCUUGAUGAUUUUUAGUCACCAGCUGAUGACUGGAGGUCGUGAAGGUCUUCAGCCGCUGGUGUUUAAUCCAGACUCAGGCCUGCAGUCAGAACUUCUCAGUUUUGUGAUGGACCACGUCUUCAUUGACCAAGAUGAUGAAAACCAGAGCAUGGAGGGAGAUGAAGAAGAUGAAGCUAACAAAAUAGAAGCUUUACAUAAGAGAAGAAACCUUCUGGCUGCCUUUAGCAAGCUGAUAAUUUAUGACAUCGUGGACAUGCAUGCAGCAGCUGAUAUCUUCAAACACUAUAUGAAGUACUACAAUGACUACGGAGAUAUCAUUAAAGAAACCCUGAGCAAAACAAGGCAAAUUGAUAAAAUCCAGUGUGCAAAGACACUCAUUCUCAGUUUGCAACAGCUAUUCAAUGAACUUGUUCAGGAGCAAGGUCCUAAUCUGGACAGGACAUCUGCCCAUGUCAGUGGAAUUAAGGAACUGGCUCGUCGGUUUGCCCUCACUUUUGGCUUGGAUCAGAUCAAGACAAGAGAGGCUGUGGCCACACUACACAAGGAUGGAAUAGAGUUUGCCUUCAAAUAUCAGAAUCAAAAAGGACAAGACUAUCCUCCUCCUAACCUUGCUUUCCUUGAAGUGCUUAGUGAAUUCUCUUCUAAACUCCUGCGGCAGGACAAAAAGACUGUUCACACCUACUUGGAAAAGUUUCUGACAGAACAGAUGAUGGAGAGAAGAGAAGACGUGUGGCUCCCACUGAUUUCCUAUAGGAACUCACUGGUUACAGGCGGCGAAGAUGACAGAAUGUCUGUUAACAGUGGGAGUAGCAGCAGCAAAACCUCUUCAGUGAGAAAUAAGAAAGGACGGCCACCGCUACACAAAAAGAGAGUAGAAGAUGAGAGUCUGGAAGGCUCUUGGCUGAACAGGAAUGAAAACAUACAUACACCAGGAGCACUGCAAGCACCACAGCUCACCUCAACUGUCUUGAGAGAGAACACCAGACAAAUGGGAGAGCAGAUCCAGGAGCACGAGUCGGAGCAGGGAUCUGAACAGGAUUUUUUACACAAUCCCCAGAUGCAGAUAUCUUGGUUGGGCCAACAGAAGCUAGAAGAUUUAAAUCGAAAGGACAGGACAGGAAUGAACUACAUGAAAGGGAGAACUGGUGUAAGGCAUGCAGUACGCGGUCUAAUGGAAGAUGAUGCUGAGCCCAUCUUCGAAGAUGUAAUGAUGUCCUCACGAGGUCAGCUAGAGGAUAUGAAUGAAGAAUUUGAGGACACAAUGGUCAUUGAUCUGCCACCUUCAAGAAACCGACGAGAACGGGCUGAACUGAGGCCAGACUUCUUUGACUCCGCAGCUAUCAUUGAGGAUGAUUCAGGAUUUGGAAUGCCUAUGUUCUGAAGUCUGCUGAAGACAUUUUACAAAUUUGGAACUCUAUUGUUUAGAGCUAGAGGCCUAUAUACUGUGAUAGCUUGUAUGAAAACCACAUUUUUGAUGUGAUACGGUUUGAUUUUUAACCAAAUGAUUAAGGUCAAUCCCUUUUUGUAGUGACAGAAAGAAGAGGAACUUCUUAAUGACACAAAGGAAUGUUGGCCAAUCCCGUCACCUCAGAAAGGCUGACCUGAAAAAUCAUUUGUAUCCCUUGUUCUUGACUGUCCUAAUACAGAUUUUUUUUUUUCCUGGAUGAGGGGGAAGUUUUAAAUUGUCGAGACAGCUGUCAAAAUAAACACUGUUCUACGUAUGUUUUCUGAAAACAUUGAGUGAUAACAGAACUUUUUAACUUUAUUUUUCUGCUGUACAAUUUAAAACGGUUUUAACAUAUGCCUUUUUAUGUUUUAAAAGCUAGCCAUUUUUAUUAAGCCUAUGCCUAUCAGCCAUUGACUAGCAAUGAUGCUAUAAGCAGGUCGUUCUGGCUACAGAAGUGUUUUUGAACACACUGGAUUUGAUUAACAUUGUGGUACGCAUAUAUCCUCUCAUAGGCAUUGAGAAGAACACUCUCAUAGAAGAGGUUAGAAUUCUAACGACGUGCAUCUCUGCCAAAAAAAUUCAGAUUCUGAUAUGAUAAACCCAGAUUUUAUACUCUUGAGAAGAUUUAUUUUUAUUUAUAACGGGACAUAAAGUGAGAGUUGUCCAUGAAGCCACUUUUCCAACAGACGCUGUGUAACAUUCAUUUUAUAUAGCACAUGGGGACACAAAAACAGUAAGUUUUCUAUUGGUACUUGCUCUGUGCAUUUUUAGCAACUUAUACCAGCAAAUAAAGUAUUCUCAGUAAAACACACAAAUGGUUCUCAAGUAAUCACUUUGCUGUUUUUACUACCUACUUCAAGCCCUGCCAACCCAAGGUACAUAAACAGCAACUUUCCUAUUUAAAGAAACAAUAACUCAAGGGUGGGGGAAAGGAAUCGCUUUAGCAUCCUAGAAGCAAUUUGAUCUGUACCAUACAGAAUUCUGCUCUCCGUGCCGUAAAUUCCCUUCUGCGCUAUUUUUGUAAAUUAAUUUUGCCAGUUAGAAGUACUGUAUGUGCUGCAUAGAAACUUGUGCUUAGAUGGUGAAGUUCUUAAGCUUACAAUGGAAUACAGCUACAUUUUCAGUGUUAACUGUGCAUAUUAAGAGUAAUUAUUUGGAAAAAGAAAAAUAUGAUUUUUCAAAAAAGCAAAAAACAUUAAAAAAAAAAACAGCCUCAGCAAAGUCAUUGUAGUAAGGGAUUUUUCAGUGUCUUCAAUAAUUUGGAAUAUCAUUGUGCUUGGGUUUGAUGCCUCCGCCUGGUAGCUUCUUAGUUUGAACAGGCCUGCUGCCAGAGCUGCUGGCCAUCCACAGCCUGCACUGAGCUGGGCAUCAGCCCCAAGCAUUAACCUUCCUUUCUGCAUUCGAGAUACAAAGCAGGCUGACCCACCUGGAGCACAGCAGUUUUUUAGAGGUGCUUUUCUUUCUUUUUAAGCAACAGCAAGUAAUCAUGGAACUUUUUUUUUUUAAUGAGCUUAUUUAAAAACAAAACAAUGUAAAUACCCAGUGCUUAUUUGCUGGGAGGGGAAAAAACACCUAAAAAGAACAAACCAGCAUUUCACACAGCUGAGGUUUGUUUUUUACAUGUGCAGUUCUUAAACAGAAAUGGUUGCCAAAAAUGUUGGACUGGUAGAUUCAGCCAUUCCUCUGAUGUCAGUUGGGUCACAAACCAAACAGGAGAAGUGGCUGGAGCUCCAUAAAAUAACAUUAACUCCCUUCCUCUUCUGUCCAUCCUCAUGGUGCUGGGUGGGCUGGGAUGGCUGCAUUAAAUUGUCAUCACAGUAAUUCUGUGAGCAUAGAGGCACAACAAUUGCUGCCUGGUUUGAGUCAGAGCCUCAGACAAACCUUGUGCUUCACAGUCCUCUGUGUGGAAAACUGAUUCCUAAUUUAACAUUGUAGAAUACUGUAUAACAAACAUUUAUUAUCACGGUACCUGCAAUGGGUUUCCAGUUCAGUUUGCAGUCAAUAGGUUUUUGUAUUAUGAGUGUCUCCUUGAUUGGUUUUGCUAGUAAUUCUGUAAAUUGUACAUUUACAAUAUGAGGUUUUUUUUUUUUCCUUUUGUACAAUUUAAAACUGAUGCUUCACCUUUCAUUUAAUAAACUAUUCAAAAUCAUGAGUACGAUGAGCACCCUCUUCACUAUAACUUUGUUUUAAAUACGGGUUUGGGCCAUCACAUCUUGUCAUCCCAUUAAUUAGUAGCCAAACGAAGUACUGAAUGGUAGUUCUCAUGUAGUCCAGGCUUCAAAAACAAGUUUAUUACACAUAUCUUAACCAUUCAGCCUUAGAGGAAAGGAAAAUAUUGUCUGGUCUCUCUUUCCCCCUCCCCCCCCUCUUCCCCCCUUUCUCUCCCCUGUGGUGUGGUUGUGGUUGAUGGUGGGGGUUUUAUUGUGAGAUUGCAGUAGAUUUGGUAACUCAUCGCACAACUUGGGAAGUCUCACUGCUCAGAAGUUCCAGUCUUUGCCACACUAAAAACUGCCACAAAUUUGGAGGAAAAUUUCAUUCUCCUGUCAUUUACACCUCAAAUGAUCUGGACCACAUGGGAAGAAAGCAGCAAUAAACAUCUGGAAGUGCAGUGAAGUUUCACAGAUUCACAAAAUGAAAUGCCUUUUGUGAUGCCCAGGGCUCAGAGAAGGAGGUGCUAUUUUUCUCCAACCUCUUAAUGAUUUCAUCUCUGCAGAGCUAAAGGACACUGACUUGCCAUCUGGCAUGCCUCCCAAAGAAAAAUCCAAGAGGAAGGGUAACAGGAUCAAACAGGUGAGGAACAGGAUAGGAUUCAAGGUCUGAACUGCACUCUAGGUCUAUACUCCUCAGACACAACCUGAGCCUCCCUCCAGCUGCCUGUAAGUCACCCUUAAUGCCUGACACAUCAUGCUUGGCAUGCUUCUAAGUUCAAGGACUUCUGUUUGUUGAAAGGAUUCUUAUUUUGUGCCUAUUGUUUCUACAGGGGACUAGAAUGCAUGAGAAGCUGGAGAAGUGCGACCAGAACAGCUUUCCAGUAUGUUUCCAAAGCACUGUGAUGGUAGAGCAAUGAAGUGCUUGGAAAUGAACAGCAUGUAAGAGCCACAUUCUUAUACUAUGAGAAGAGAGGAUGGAGUCUGUGUAACAACUAAUGAGGUUAGGAAACUACAACAGUUGUGCUUCUUCCUCUGUAACAUGACAAUUGGGGUUCUCAUUUAGCAUCUCCUGCUGGCUUGGAUCAAGCUGAGAAACUGCACAUACAUUGCUUUACUGACGCAGCUUUUUCCUCUAAACGUGGGACAGCCACUGUCAUACCUUUGAAAAUCCUCUUGGUCCUAUGUGAGUAACUCUUACCGACACCUGAUUACACCACUUCUUACAGCUGACUGAAGAACUCCCUUCAUUACAAGGACCCCCAAUGCACUCACAUUUCAGCUGACCUUGCCUUAGUAGUGUGCUGUUUCCUGGAGCAGUAGGAGCAGGUACCUGCUCAUUCAGUGCCUGGCUGCUGAGAUACAACUAUGUAUGUUCAGACAGCUUAAAUGCAUUUCCAUAAUCUGAAUACAUCACCUCUAGUCAUUACAAAGCUGGGAUCAUAGUUGAAACAGUCUUUCUGUGCCAUCUUUUAGGUCAUUUUUAGUGGCUGCUUUUUUCCCCUCCCCCCCCCCCCCCCCCCCCCCCCAGGCUCCAUGGCUGAAGACACCAGACACCAACCUACCCAGGAAUAGUGCCUACCAGCAAAGUUGCUCUCUUAUCUCUUUCCUCCACUUCAGAUGCCUGGGGAGUGGAUAGAAGCAGCAGUGAUCUCCAGGUACAGUAAUUCUUUAUCUUAUAACACAUUACUGCUAUGUACUGAGGAUACUCACAGCAGACAGGUCCAUCACAGGGCUUCUUGUGCUUGGGAGGUGUUUGCAGCAGCACUAACCAUGAUGGUAACCAUUACUCACUAGCUUUUAGGGCUGCAGUUUGCAGCUUCUAAUGAGGAGAGUGAGCACAGAGGCAUUGGUAGUAACACCUGUUACUUGGAAGUCAGGCAAAUAAUCAUAGAAAAAAAAAAAAAACUGGCUGGAAGACAGGUCUGGAAGUCUUUCUUUCAACCAUCAGCCAAGGGAGAUUUUUUAAUGUCCCACUGGAAUUUUCUUUUUUUCCCCAAUUUGGGCAAAUUGUCUCAUCCUCCAAGAGAAGCCUCCAUUUAUGCCACCUAUACCCCCAUGGCCCAUACAUAACAUGGUAACAACCAGAGACACAGCACUGCUUCAGCCAGCAUAUAAAAGCUGCAACCUGGCUAAGCCUACCAGAGGAACAGAGCAGGUUAGUCAGAGAUCUGCAAAGCUUGCAAUGCAGCACACCAAAAUCCAAGCGUAGGAUUUUUCUUUCUGUGAGCUGCAGUGCAGGAGGCUGUCAGACCUGCAGGGCACAGACCCAGGGUGAUACUCUAACUGCACAGAGGUCUGACAUCUCAGCAGUGAGAGGUCACUACAGCUCUGCCUAACACAGCCACCUCUGCAGCCCAUGGAAUGAAGAAUCCAAGGAGCAUUCAGCCCUAAACAACCCAGACCAGUGUGCCUGCAGCAGGCACUGCAGACUGUGUCACUUAUUAACCCGUAAAGAAAGGUUUAUAAAGAUAAACUGGUAAGAUCCUACAUUAAAUGAGGUAUGAUUUAUUGAUAAGUAUUAGCAAAAUCAAGAUGAAAUACUACUGCAGAGUAGACUGCCAAAUGACAGAAAGUAUUUGCAUUCAGAGGACUACCAAGGCCAGGUCCCUCCUCACACUCACAGUGGGAUAUUAGCGUGUUUCUUCCAGGGAUUGGACUGGGUUUUACUUGCCAGCACGUCAAGGUCAUGGCAGAUGCGCCUGCGGGUGGCCGAAGGCUGGAUGAUAUCAUCAACAAACCCUGUAAAAACAAACCACAUUAAGAUUUUGCCUUUUAACCUUUUGUAUCUAGGUUGUGGUUUUAAUUCACAAAACUAAAAUAACUCUUGGGAUCAACUGUUCACAAGUUACAAAUUAACUGAAGAAUUUAAAAUAGCCUGAAGAGAAAAUAUUCCUGUCAGGUGUUAAAAUGAGAAACUUUUUUUUCCCCAAAAAAGUUAGCCAACCAAAAAGGUAACUCGGAGUGGGCUUUACUCACUGAAUGCUUCACCUGUCAAUGCGAAGUCUUAGAGAUAUCAUCUCUUCUACUACUUAGUUUGACUUAAAGGUUCAGAAUUGUUCAAUAGAAGAAUCCCUUAACUUUGCAUGUUCACAAGUCCUUUUUUCCUGGCUCUAACAGCAGUAACAGCAAACCACAGGGAGCAAUGCUGUACGUAUUAGCUGUGGUGACGAGCUUGGCUAAGUCUUCCCAGCUCUGGGGCGCUAUUAAGAGGAUUUAAAUGAAGCACAAAGCUUAUUAAUUGGGCAAACCAGCAUAACUGGAAAGAUGUAGAGCUGACUACAGAGCCUACAGAACUGCUGUCUAGAGCACAGGUAAUGCUUCAAAGCUAGAGCUAAGAGUCCUUUUAUGAGAGGAGCAGAAGAACACCAAGGAGCUCUGGGAAAAACCACUGAACUGAACCAGACCCUUUCUCAGGGCCACCAGUCAGCACCUAGAACCAUCAAGUAGAUUGCCAAAGCACCUAUAAUUUUAAUGAACAGUAUGAGCUUUGAAGUGCUUCUCAUGAUUGCAAAAUUGAAAGUAUGCCUUCAACUGCAGUUCCCACAUUGUUCUAGUCUCUUCCCAUUCAAAGCCAUUUGGAUGGGUGGUUUGUUUUUUUGGUCUAGAUGUGGUUUGUUUUUUUGGUCCAGAUGUGGUUUUCCUUUUCAUGAACAAGUUACGGUGACUUUUCUGGCUUAGACACAAAUUUCUUGGCUGAAUAACUUACACAGAAUGUGUACUAAAUGCUUAAAAAUUAACUAACUACAUGCAAUGAAAACUCAAAACAAGGGACACAAUACAUGCAAUAAUAAUACCUCUCAUAGCUGCCGGAAAGGGAUUUGCAAAUUUAUCCACAUAUUCUGCCUCUGCAUCUGUCUCUUUUCCUCUGAAAAUGAUCUGCACAGCACCCUGGGAAGAUAAAGUCCGCAGGUAUUCAACCCAUACAGGGGAGAGAUGUCUGCUUUACCACUCCCCACACACUGCAUGGGCUUCAGCAAAAGUCUCGUCUUCAUCUCACUAAGCAGCCUCUGUGCCAGUGAGCAGUGAUGGCUGCUGCACACCAGUGAGAGUCAGCCUACAUUUAUUUACCUUUGCCCCCAUCACUGCCACCUCUGCAGUCGGCCAGGCAUAGUUUGCAUCUCCUCUUAAAUGCUUCGAGCUCAUCACAUCAUAGGCACCACCAUAGGCCUGGAACAAAACCCCAGGGAUUCAUUAGUGUGAAGUGACCUCACCACAGCAAUAUUUACUUUCCUCCUGCAACUUCUACUGUUCCAACAACAAGCAAGCAGAGCUACAUUUUUACCUGUAAGAGAGCAUAUAGGGCCUACUGGUGGCUGUUACUUGGUCCAUCAACACGCUAGUAUUAGACACUGAGUGUAUGCAAACACAUUCAAGACAUUCCCACUCAUAAAAACAAUGAAGAAUUGUAAAAACUUGCCUGCAGCCAUCUCCUAAGACUAGGCUUCGCAAACUUGAAACCACAUAAAAGCAGGAAGGGAGCUGUUGGAAUAUAAAAACCCUCCUGAAGGCAGAAAAGAGGAGUCGUGCCUGUCUGCAACACCAGACCUCACCCUGCACAUGCAUUCAAAUAAACAAGCUAGCAUGCUUCUGGGAGCUCCUGGCCAGGGGAUGCAGCACUCAGAUUCUGUAGUGCUCCAUUGUGGGCCUGAAAAUGGUUCAGACAGCAAUGGUAAACAAAUACUGCAGAACUGCAGAGCAAGCUGCAGCCAAGUGUUUCAGGGCACUACUUAAAAUGACAGCAAGGAUGCAAGCCUGGGGAGAAUGGCAAUAUUCAGAAGAAACAGGUGUGGCAAAGGAAGAGAAACCUGAGAAGCUCUUUUAGUUUUAUUGUUGUCAAAAGCCUAUCACAAAUGAAACAACCAACCACCAAACAACAAAAACACAGAACAGGAGGGACAGACCAGGAAAGGAGAAAGCAGAGGGAUGUUUAGCUAAGCCUUAGGAACUUAGAGAAGCAUGGUUUCAUGUACCUUACAGAAAAAGAGAAAAGGAAACAAAGGAGGAUAUAUGAAAAGCACAUGGAAUGAGGAAAAGCACAGAAGCAUUAAACCUGCAAAGCAAACAGAAAAGAGACACAGUCAGCACUGCUUCUGGAACUGGAGUCUGAAGUUCCAAGAACAGAGAAGAUCACAAAGAUGGCCUCUUGCAGAGGGAUGACACAAACAGGUGACAGAGGACAAAUACUUGACUGAAGGCUUUCUAGGGAGAAAGCAAAGAGCAGAAACAUGGAUGUGGAGGAGCACAGAGACAAAAUGAACUGUGAAAAUAUUCUGAGAACAGAAGAAAUGGUCACUUGUAAAUUGGCAUGAAGAGGUGUUACCAAAUGGGUCGAAUCAAGAUGUGACCACUACAGAAGGCAGAAGUGAGGCAGACAUAAGAAGCUUCAUGUAAACAGAACUGCUAUUAGUGAAAACAGGAACUCAUUUUAUAAAAUAACACCACAGAAUUAAUACCAACUUACUUUUCUGGUGAUGACAGUAAUUUUAGGCACAGUUGCUUCUGCAAAGGCAAACAGUAGUUUUGCACCGUGCCGUAUGAUCCCUCCAUACUCCUGAGCUGUACCUGCAAGUGACAGAAUAUUUGUCACUCUAGAAAGUUCAAAAAACUUCAUGUGCAAUUGGGCAAGUGUCUUCAUUUUGUCAUUACCAGGAGCACACUAACAACCACCAGAGCCUUGUUAAUAGCAGGAGAAGGUAAUAGCCCAUGUGAUGUUCUCCACUAGAUACUGAACAACUCAAUGAAAAAUACCUUGCCAAAAGCAGCAUGGAGUCUGAGCGUAAGGUCACAGAAAUGCAACGCUCACCAGAUGGUUUCUUCAUAGGAACAAAAUAAUAUUCCAUAAUUUUCAGUACUCCAAAUGUGAUUAGCAGAGAAACAAGCAACCCAGAUUCACUUCCAAAACCUUUUCUUCUAGUGCAUAAGGAAAGGCAGCUUGGCUACCACACACCAAAGACCCAUGCCUCCUUCAAGCAAGCCCUGAACCACAACCCUUAAAGGACAGAGCAUCAAGGCUUCUAUAAGGAAUCUCAGAGCCGGUAAUUCUGGAGACUGAUUGUACACAGCAAAUAGGAAUACAAGACAUCUGUUUUACAGGAUGUUCUACAAAGUUCUGUCCCAGACACAGGCCUAGGAUCAUGACUUCUCUGAAGAUCCUAUGAGAGUAUUCAGCAGCUGUAAAUCUUUCUUGAGCUCCAGCAAAUCAUUACCUUAAAAAAUAAAAAUUAAUAAAAAAUUAACACAUGCUGUCUUGGACUUUUUUUGGUGUAAGAAACAUACCAAAUCACACCCAAAAUUUAUGUUAAUGCAGUAACAAGGCUCAAAUUUCCACCUGUGAGAGCCAUGGCAGAUGGAAAGGCUUGGUAAUGGUUUUUAUAUUUGCCUAUGCUACUGAACUCACAUAAGGAAGGGGUCAAACCAAAAGUCUAACAAGAUGAAGCAGCAAGAGUGCUCAAGAUUCCAAAACAAAAAACCAUAAUGGGCAAAACCCGAGAUAAUUAGAUGCAGAAAUGAGAACAGGUAAAUCAGCAUCAAAACUUUGAUUCAGUCGGACCUUUAAGGAUAACUUAAAACAACUUCUUGGGCUGCACCUGACCUCAGCUUUUGGAGCACUCACCGAACCUUUCCCGUCUCAGUCUCAAGACCUCGAUGUCCUCCUUGUCAAGAGCAACCCUGACCUUCUGAAGGUCUGCAGUGACCGUUUUCACUUUUGAUGGCACAGUGUUCAGAAGACCCUGAUCUAAGCUCUAACAGCCCCAGCUCUGACAGCUGUUGAGGGAAAGUGACCAGAGGAACUGAUAAAAGUAACUCUGGAAAUGCCUUUUACAGAUUCAGAAGAAACCAAGGACAAGCUCUGCAUACAUAGGAAGGAGGACAGCUAAUUCAUCACCAGAAGACUAACAGCCAGAGGACGGGUGGCAUUGCUCUGCCUUCUGUGCCCACACACCUGCACAGAAGGGCUCUGCCUCAGUAUUCCUAUUUGUCUGUCACAGUGGGGAAAAAUGUCCCAGGUGCCACAGUAUGGCAUGCGUACUGGAUGAGACAUGCUCAAGGACCAGCACUUGGAAAUGGCAACCACAUGCAUAUCAUUUCUAGCAAUUCAGAAUUUCAGACCCCUGUGCAUGUAACUCUGCAAUUACUGUUCAACAGUUCAUCCAUCUUCUUACAGAAAAUUCUUCUCAAUUAAAGCUUUUAUUGAAUUUUAUUAUAUAUGUGCUUUUAAGUUAAAAUUUGUUUUGUGAGAUUUUUUAAAAACUUGGUAGCUUGAUUUCAAGUGUAAUUUGAUUGCCUAAUACUGCUUGCCUACACUCACAAAUGUCCCUUCUUAACUGCAGUUUCAUUUUGGAUUCCUAUAUUUCCCUGCAGACCAUUGGAUACGUCAAGCCUGCAAACACUUCCCAGCAGCAGACAUCAGAACAAGGAGGUCUUAUUGCAGGAAGCAGCCUGAACACAGCUGAGAUCCUCAGCCUACACCCAGGAGGUGGCAAGCACAGAUCCUGCAACCCAGGCAGUACUUCACUCACUCUGAAAGCAGAGCAGCCAGUCACUUCAAGUGCUUUGAGUAUAACCUCAAUUCAGCUGUUAUUGGAACCAUUUACACUGUGAGUUAUAUGAACUCUGGACAUCAAUCUGGUCUCAAACUUCUUCUGUGUUUUUAUACUUAAAUGCUAUCUGCACACACUGCCUAAAUUGUUUUGUACACCUCAAUGAAGAUUACCUUACCCUACUGAACAGAGAAGUAGUGACCACCACACUCAGAAUGCAUUACUUGAAUUGAUAUUUCUAAUGGCUAUGUAUUAAUCUUUCCAAACUCUGUGAAUAUAACAGUUCAUAAUCAGUGUAAAGUCUCAACUCUUCCUUCUUCAGCUCUAUUUUUGUCUUCCCUUUAUCUGCUUCUAAGACAACAUUCUAUUACACCACAUUAAGUUAAUAUUUCUAAUAAUUGGUGACAUGGCAAUAGCUGUGUUCUUGGAUUGUAUCUGUCCACACUGCAGCCUCUGAAGUUCCAAGGAGAACCAAGCGGCUCUGUGAUCCAAACAAGAGGAGAGCAUGUCAACAGCAGGAGAGUAAGGAAAGUGGUCAAGAAGGAAUAGAAGGUUCCCUUAACACCUUCUCUAUUGCCUCACUGAUAAAAUACGUAACAUGUAAGGUAAGAAACAGAACAUUGACUAAUGGCAUUCUGAUGUUUUGAUGUCCAGUAGAGGUCCCAAGGUAAGCCUGAACAGUUUUUAUACUAGUGUUAACCUCAUAUUCUAUUGUAUCAGACUUUCUAUUCCUCACAUAGGCUGUUUUUUAGUUUUCAUUUUAAGAUUAACUGCUCAUGUAACUAAUGCUGAGGAAAGUCCAAUCUCAAACCCUUUAACUCAUGGAUGUUCUUAUCUGAACAAUGCUUGGAGCAUGAAAGAACCUGAGCUUUCAAAGUAGAGUCUCAUUAUAGUAAAGGAGAAAAAAGUUACUUCCUUAUUGUUUAUGACAAGGACAUCUCCAGAGAACGCAGGGUUUGUUUUAGUCCUGGACAGGACACAAUCACCCACUGUGCAAUGGAGCUGUAAUCCCAAAUAGCAGGGCACAGCUUUUAGGGGCUGAUGGCUUCCUACCCACACCCGGCCCUGGCCAGCUACACUCAUCCCAGUGCCUCCAGCCUGACCUCAGCACCACUGUGCUGCAAGUUGGCCUCUCCUCAGCAAAGCCCAGCAGAGCUCUGUCAGAGCAUGCAGAAACAACAGUAUUGCCUUAUUUAGGCACUCAUUUCUCUGGAACAUAAUCUGCAUAUUUCAAUACCUUAUUGUGACGACUGCUGUACUUACCGAGUAACAUUUCAAAGACUGGUUUACUUAAGCUUUGGUACAGUAAACAGCUCUUCUUACAGAAUUGUUACAAUCAGUUUUAGCACCACCACCUCCUCCUGCUCCCCCUACCCUGCAACCAAUAGGAAUACAAGGACACAGCAUACCUGGCAAAAACCCAGGAACAUCCACAAAAGUAAUGAGAGGGAUGUUGAAUGCGUCACAGAAGCGAACAAAGCGGGCUCCCUUGAUAGAAGAAUUUAUGUCUAAGCACCCUGGAGAUAAGAAAACAGAGUAAGGUGUUAAUGACAUGCUAUACGCAGCAAUUCAAGGCAGCAUCAAAGUCACGCUGUAUUUAAGCUGCGCUGUCUUCUCAAAAAGAAAGCAAAAUGAAAAAUCCUGCCUGCAGUAACACGGAGAUAAUCAUCAAGGUGUGCUGUCUGAGCACUGAGCUGACCACCAGCUGCAGUCACCUGGCACUCAUUCAUCCUUCUGAAACACAGCACGCAAUUUCCACCUCUUCCCGCAGUGACCGCUGUGCACAGACAGCUCCUAUGCCAAAGAGAGUCACAGUUCAAAUCAAAUCCUUGUAAAUUAGAUUAUUUUUCUGUCAUUUUCUCUUUAAUUAUUUUUUCCCCAGUCAGUCAUAUUGGAACAAUGCAGUUCCCCAUUAAAAAACAGAAAGACACUCAUGCAUUUGGAAAGACUGGCAUUUUGGGGAAAAGUUGCAAAGUGCUUCUGUUCUGUGUCACUGACAUCUGGAAUUACAUUUGCUGUUAUAUUAAACCUAGGCAGGAUGCCCAUAAGGACACCUCAAACACUGACUAUCUUCAAAUUGAGAAUACCAUCUGAAGACUAAUCUUAAAGCCCAGUGACUGUUGGGUACUGUGGUAGCCAAGGCACCCGCUGGUCAGCAUGAGUCUCCUCAGAAGUUAUCCAGCUGUUAAGAGAAAGCAAAAUCCCUUCUGCAGUUCAAAAAAGGUGCUCUAAGCUAUAAGUGUUUGUAUCUUCGUGUCUGAAUUGUGUGAGCUCCACACACUCAUAUGCAUGUCUGCAUGCUUUGCAUUUUCAGAAGAGCUGCACUGUAGAACAGACUGGGGCAUUCUAAUGCUGUGGAAGUAAGCAUGCAGGCUCCAGAUUCUGCUUAAUCAGUUAAUAAUCAGCUGCUGCCAGACCAGUGGUGGCCUUCUCUUGUGCUAGAUACAGCAGCCCUUCGGUUAUAGCAAGACCAUCAUGUUGAUAAAGAAAUGAACCUUUUUUUUUUGGUGUGUCUUCUUGCAACAAUGCAACAGGCAAGUCACACAACUGCAGGACAGUGAGAUUUCAGACAAAAAAGGCAUUAGGAAAGCAGCAUGAAGUAGUGGCAGGCCACACAAACCAUGCACAGAUCAUCUGGCAGCCAGCCAGCCUUACACAGAGGGCAACAAGCAAACAAAACCAAACCAAGAGGAAGCAGUGCAUCAGAAGCACACAGCUGUCCCUGACCUGAUGCUACUUUGGGUUGGUUGCCCACUAUGCCAACUGUUCUUCCGUUCAUCCUGGCAAACCCCACAACGAUGUUUCUGGCAUAGGAUGGCAUGAUCUCGAAGAACUCCCUUUCGUCAAUGAUCUGUAAGGAGGACAGGUUGGCAGAGCCCUCAGAAUGAUGUCUGCAUGUGUAUUUAUAUACACAGACUGUUAGUAUGAGAAAUGUUAACUUUUCAGAACUUGCAGAAUAAAAUAAAAAGGAAAAAAUCUGACUGUCUUUGCAUUUACUAUCACUAGCACUGCAUUUACUACCAGAAUGGCCAAUUAAGCAUCCCAGCAGAGAAAAAUCUUUGUGGUAUUUCGUCUGUAGUAAACCUGUUCUCGUAACUUACCACAGAUAUCCCAGUCAGAUGCUAACCAUUUUUACCCUCAGCACACCACUGGCAGACUGCACUUUAAGACACAGCUUCCAGCAACAAAAGGCAAAUCAUACUCCUUGGAACUUGGGGACUUUUCAUUAUCUGUUUAAUUCAUACUUUGCUUCUUCACAAAUCCAGAGCAUUUUCUUAUGAGGGCCUAACUUAUCACACUCUGCUGCAGAUGACAACCUCUGUACCGACCAGAAGCAUUGCUUGUGUACAACAAAGGGGAAUGGGGAAGCACUGCUCUGCACAGCAGGAGGACACUGUGCCAGAAAGAUCUCACUGCAAAUACAAGCCCUUCCCUGAGCUUGAAGUCCCCACGCGUGCUCUGCAAAGUGACAUCCACCGGUACAGAAAGCAGUAUCAAUAUUCACGUUCAAAGAAGAUGAUAAUUCCAGAUGGAGCAGUAGCGACACCUACACAUGGCUGCAUUUCUGCUCUUCUGCUGUGUUCUAUCCUAAUGCCUUCUUUUCAGUCCUUGAUGGCAACUUCUCCCAUACACACCACAGUCUGCCGGUCCCUUCCAAUGGAUGGAAAAUUUCAAUUAUUCACUAAAGUAGUUUUAUUUCCUUCCUUAAUACUUCCUAAAGUCUGUGGGUGUGGUUUUUUUUUCUAAUUCAAUUCAGAAUGUUUAAACCCCACUUUCUGACACAGAACAGAAAGCAGUGACAUUCAGAAGGGAGGAACCUGCAGAUUAAAAACCUAAUCUGAGCUUUUCUUAAUCCACCGAUAUGGAUCUGAAUGCAGCCAGUUGCACACUAAAAAGUUUUGGCUGAACAUGUGUGUGGGGAGAGACAGUCAGAUAAAACAACAAAAGGGAAGAAUCUGGAAGGAUGCCAUGAGCACAGCUGAACUCCCCCCAGCCACCAUUUGUAUUCACUGCCUAUGAGGCUGCUCUUCCCAGGUCCAUCAUCCACCACAGGACCCCGGACCAACCCAGGAACCUGAAUAUUCACAACUGGGACCCCCAGGUGCUCUGCAGGGGCUGUAACAGUUACACAUAACAGAACAGGGUUUUUUUUUGUUUGUUUGUUUGAUUUUUGGGGCUGUUUUUGUUUUGUUUUUUUACAACCCUGUUCUCUGCACAAGUGAUUACAAUGUAUUAAGUCUUUACACCUGACAAAAUUACCAACACUGCCUAUGCUGCUUUAAUAAAAUUUCCUUAGAUUUAUACAGUAAUUCUCUCAUCUGUACAGCUGUGCAUGCAGCUUGAUAAUAUUGAUCCUGAAGACAAGCACUAAGACCCUUUUGCUAACAUCUUGACGCUAGACUGAACAUGAGCCAGCAGUGUGCUCAGGUGGCCAAGAAGGCCAACGGCAUCCUGGCUUGUAUCAGAAAUAGUGUGGCCAGCAGGAACAGGGAAGUAAUUUUCCCCCUGUACUGAGCACUGGUGAGGCCGCACCUCGAGUACUGUGUCCAGUUUUGGGCCCCUCACUGUAAGAAAGACAUCGAGGCCCUGGAGCAUGUCCAGAGGAGGGCAACAAAGCUGGUGAGGGCUCUGGAGCACAGGCCUUAUGAAGAGCGGCUGAAGGAGCUGGGAUUGUUCAGUCUGGAGAAGAGGAGGCUCGGGGGAGACCUUAUUGCUCUCUCUAAUGACUUGAAGGGAGGUUGCAGUGAGCUGGGGGUCAGCCUCUUCUCUCGGGUGACUAGUGAUAGGACUAGAGGGAAUGGCUUCAAGCUGCACCAGGGAAGAUUCAGGCUGGACGUUAGGAAAUACUACUUCUCUGAAAGGGUGGUCAGGCACUAGAAUGGGCUGCCCAGAGAGGUGGUGGAGUCACUGAGCCUGGUGGUGUUCAAAGAGCGUUUGGAUGUUGUGUUAAGGGACGUGGUUUAGUGAGAACCAUUGGUGAAGGGCAAAUGGUUGGACUGGAUGAUUCUGUGGGUCUUUUCCAACCUUAGCGAUUCUGUGAUCUUACUUCUGCCAUUGUUGCUGCCCCUUCAUGCAUGGCUGCUAAACAGGGGAAAAAACAGUAACCUGCAAAGACUGAAAAACAGAUCUGAAAUGGCACCAUGUUGGUUCCUUUCCAUUAUUAACAACUAUAUACACGUGGAAUACAACAUGUUCACAUUCUUCUCAGCAGGACUCAGACUGGCAGACUUACGGCGUGUAUGAUAUCCAGCAUAUCGUAGGCUUUAGUGGAUUCAACAGGGACAAUGGUGUCCAGCUCAGGAACCAAACGGUCACUGCAAAACAAAUCCAAGCAAUAAUAUUUACAGAUCAGAUGAACACCAAGACCAAAAACAGUGCCAGUGCCAUCUCUCUGAAACAUCAUGGGAACUGCUACCCAAACAUGGGGAAAAAAAACAGUCCUCUUUGCAGCAGUCAGUUGUGCUUUGGGCCACUGAGGGCUCACCCAUGGAGCUGCUGCUCUGAGCUCCUCCUGGAGGAGGAAAGCCUGAUCCAUCUCUUGAUAAAAGAGACAUCUCUUUUAGAGAUGUAUUUUUGUCUAUGAAAUCAUCACCUGGAAACACUGCUCCUCCUCUGGCUGAAGGGGCCCAUGACACAGGGGCUCCAGAAGAGCACUGGGGACAACCCAAAUUCUCCAGUGCUGGAGCACAGCUCAGCGAUGGGGAAAUUAUUUGGUAGAGUCAGUGCCAAGCACAGUGCAGAAGCAAAACUGUCUACCACUGCAGUCCUUACAGAUGGGUGACGUGGCCUCCCCAGUGGCAGAGCAAGGUUUCUUAUCAUUCUUGUCACAUUUACAACUCUGAUGCUGCCUCUGCCCAUGCUGUAUGAUUGUGAUCUGAAUAAACCACCGGAAACCUCUCCAUACUUCCAUACUUCUCUCUCCUACCACCAAACAGGUAGAGACUUGUGGGAGGGCAGAACAUCCAUUCACAGCUUCUUCAGUUUAAACACUGGGUUUAAAGAAAUCUUACCACUGCUCUGUGUAUCUCAGCAUCUCUGCACUUCAAGAGCUUGACAUUUAACACCCUGUUAGCAGCUGGCACUGUCAGUUACCAGUCUUCAACAGUUUCAUUAAUGACUUAAAGCUGUUGGCAUUCAUGGGGUCUUUGGACUCAUUCACAGUCCCAAGGUGUGGGGGGCUGUGUGCAUGUCAGUUGCUACUAGUCACAACUGCACUUUUCUACGUUUUAACAAUGCCGUGGUUUAGUAUCUUUAAAACAGUACAACAUAAGACCCUAGAAGUUCAAUUUAAAACUGGAAAUACGAUCUGCAGUUCGUCAGUAUCAGGCAAAGAGUAGGAACGUCAGCCCCACUGCUGCAUCUGCACUCCUGCCGUGGACCAAACAGACACACCUCCCUGCUGAGAGAGCUACAACAGCACCUCCAGUGUAUUCCCACAAUUAAGAGAACUGCAGGCAAAUAUAUUCAUCAAAUGAUAUAAUUAAAUAUUAAUCUGGUUAGAGCAAUCAACGUUAAGUUACAGUGGAUUCAGAAACUUUUACUUUCCCAUAAAGUAGCUAUGAACGUUCUUUAAAAUCUGCCUGUUACCUACAGUUUGUAUUCUCAGAUAUCCCAAAGGAUAAGGAAAAUGGAAAAAUGAAAGUAUUGCUCCCAUAAAUUCACAGAGCUAUAAGGCAGAGAUGGAAAUCAUAACGACAUUAAAAUGAACAACCACUGGCAAACAAAGACAUUACCCAGAAUAUCUCAGGGAAAAAAAAAAUCUCAAACUGUCAGAGAUAAAGGACAUCUGGAGCUUGCCAGUGGAGCCCCUGGACUCAUGAGGCUGAGAGAUCUCAUUUAUCUGUUUGAAAUCCCAUUUAUCUGAAAGGAUUUGUUUGCUCAUCAUCAAAGCAGUUAUCUGAAGCCUGCGACAGCCCAAGAAACUCCCACCCAGGUCAACACUGGUUUCUGUUAGAUGCAAAAGGGGAUCUGUGUGAGUGAGGUUCCCAGGAAGGGCUCCAUGCUUCAUCCUGAACAUGUGCACAUUCUUCAGGCUUCAGGGGGAACAGAACUUGUUCAGAGUCAAAACCAAAAAUAAAUCACAUCACACAAAUGAGAUGUACCAGACACUCCUCAAAGGCAGAGGAACCCUCUAAUUUUUUAUAGAAUUAAAAAAAAAACACCAAAAGAAACAGCUGUAGCCAACAGGGGUUUCAGCUACCAAACCUGACGUCAUCAGCACCACAAAGAACCUAUUUGCAGAGAAGGAAAAAACCAACACAAUUGGACUUAGCAAUGAAGGUGAAAGGAUGUAAUGUUUCAUUUACAUCAGUGGCAAUUUCUCCUGGCAGGAAAAUGGUCCAGUGAGAAAGAACUGAGAGGAGUGGGCUGUGACUGCAGCAGCAGUAAGAACCAACCCAUCAAGGCAAAAAGAGUCCACUCAGAUGUCAGUACAUGCAGAUGAAGCAUCACCAAUAUUAAGUAUUAGGACCAUACAGUUUGAUAAAUACUGGAGAUAUCACUAUACACACAGGUAAAUUUAUCUUCACACACAGAAAGACAACUAAAUUGAAGUUCUUAACACAAAUUAUUGAGCAUUUACUAUGCUAUGAUCCUCUACAAGUGUAUCUGGCACUGCAUAAAACAUUGUCUCCCAUAACACAGAACUAUGGAGUCUCCCACACAUUAGCAGCCAUGGGAUAAUCAACAGCUUCUCACAGAUAAAUCAACUGCCCAUUGUAAGAUACACUGAUUACAAAACAGACUGUUGUUUCUAUAAAUGAAAUUAAAAUAUCAGACUAUGUCAGUACAACAUACUGAAUGCUUAGAAAGAAAGUGCCCACCUCAGCAAUGGUGCCCCAUGUUCACCCAGCAAUACCACAGAUUCGGUCUGGUUUAUCACUAUAAGAACAGUCUUCUAGCUUAGCAAACAUACAAGAUCAACAUCACAGGAAAUGUUAGGACAAGUAACUAAUCAACUUGUCUGACCAUCCUCUUCACAGCAGUUGGCACACUUAUUUCUCUUAACAGAAAAGAACGUAUUUAAUUUACCAGAGGUGAUUCGUAACACUGAUAUGAAAAAAACUGCUUCAAAGUCGUUACAAGACAGUGAAGCAUACAGAGAGGAUAACCUUCCCAACACCCAUGUUAGAAUCUUCAAGUGUGCAAGAAACCACAAGUCAUAAGUCAUAUGCAUCUGCAGAACAGAAAGGACAAACAAAGACAGGAGCAGGUGCCAUACAGGAGAGGGUGGUGACCUUUUAGGGGAUGCAAACAGGAAGGGCUGAGCUAAGGCUGCAGCGGGAUCUGUGGUUAAACAGCUUUUAUUCCACUGACAUUCUGUCUGUCCUGCUACUAGCAAGGCUGUCUAUUGAACCAGUGCCGUACUGACUCCCAGGCUGUCCCUCCAUCUCUUGGCAUUUUUUGCCAUUUUUCUGUUUUCCAGUCUUGAAGUGAUAAGGCUUUCCUUUGUUGUCAGCUACAUAACAAGCCUUCCAGGCAGCUACCUAAUGCCUCCCGUACCUCAUCAUUCCAUCCCAACCUCUACAUUUGGUGACCAAAGCUUACCCAAUAGACAUCACAUAGCAGGGCAGCAUCUCCCCAUUGCACCUUACUGUGCUAUCUUCUGCCUCACUGUGCUUGUCUGAAGAGCUGUGAACUGGACAGAGAUUACUUCCCCCAUAUCCUGUACACAGCAUAACAUUACUUUAUGAAAAUUAAACUUAACAGUGAGCACGUAUGUUACGCAUACACACAUAUCUAAACACUCCCCACACAGUGUAACAGAAUUAUCAGAACACAUUUAUGACUGUUGAGCCAGAGAAGCCAUGAAAUCCAGCAGUCAGAAAACAGAGAGCUCAGCCAGCCUCCUCUUACCUGGGAUCAUAGCACUCACAGACUGGAGCCGGGUCACGGUUGCUAAGAGGUAAAUAGUUAAAGAACUCUCGGAGGUUAAGUAAGGCAUCUACAUCAUUCUCAAAGGCCCUGUGCGCCACUCCUGGAAAGAAGUAGUUACUGAAAUUACUUUGCAAUGUUUCAAGUAUGUAUUCAUAAAGACAAGGAAGGAAGAGCAGGAUGCUUUAAACUUAAGCUAUUAACCAUCAGGAAUUUUAAGCAACCAGAUCUGACCAGUUAAAAAUACCUAGAAAAUGUGUGGCUGUGUCAGUCUUCUUCCAGAAGAGCUCUGGAUUCUUGAUUUUAUAUUGUUUUAAAUGUUAUCUGGUUUAUCAGCUGUCACAGACCUAGCUGGAUCUCAGCCUUCUACAAUGCAACCCAGAGCUCAAGCUUUACACUGUGUGUUCUCUCACAAGGGCUGGAUCUGAGGGAAGGGUGCACACACACAUUUCUUUGGUUCACAUCAGUCCAGUUCACACAGUUUGAAAUCCCACAGCCACUUAGAGCCUCAAGAAGAUCAAUGAGUCACCAAGUCUCCCCAGAGGAAAAAGAAAUGCAAGGCCAAAUGGAAAGACAUUCCUAGGCAAACAAGGGACUGCUAAGAAUCCUUCAACCCAUGCACAUUUCCGGGGAAAAACAACACAAAAACCACCAUCCCAAACCUUCCUUGUGAGCUCUGCCCUCCUACAGCCUUUCCACUUCCAUAUUCUUUUGUGGAUUUACUGCUUUCUCCUCAAAAAUCCCCAAACUCUGCCACACUCCCACUUUUCCUACUUCAUCUUCCACCACUAAGAGGGAUUGGUAUGACCUCUGCACACAGCAAGAUCCUGUGCUUCAGCAUUUUCAUCCCUUCGCCUCAGGUGAGAGCCAUGACCACAAAAAUCAGCAUGAGGUUCACAGCAGCUAUAACAGCCACAUCGCUUAUGUUCAAGAAAAUCAGAGCAUCAAGUAAAACAUCCCAGCUCUCACCAGACAGAGCCGUGUGUGUCUUCGCUCCCCCGAGCUGCUCCUGUGUGACAUCUUCAUUGGUAACAGACUUAACUACAUCUGGGCCAGUGAUGAACAGAUAGGAUGUAUCCUAGGGGAGAGAAUAAGGCAAAACCAGCGUGUAAAUGCCAGAGCCAAGCUGCAAAAGCACCUAAGGAAAAGUUGUUGUCCUGAGAGACUUUCCUCAAAAUAAGAAAACUGUUCAACAUUGGAAAGAAUUUCCUAAAAAAUCUGAUACAUUAUACUAAAAUCCACAGAAAAUACACUUACUUACAGGUUACUUUGGAAAUUUAUUCUUUCCUUUCCAUGAAGAAUAAACUGAAUUCAAUUAUUUAACCCAGUCUCAGCCUGGAGGUGUAUUUUGCAGUUUCUGCACGUCUUUUAUUUUCAAUUUCUGUACCAAUCUCUAUAGACAUUGAUAGCUUGUGCAGAAAAACAACCCAAGACAAAAAUGGUGAGGUAAAGACAACAGUGCAGCUAUUAGGACAAAAAGGAAAGAACCGUUAGUGCUAAGAGACACCCAAAGGAAGAUGGAUGGAAGGACUUUUUUUGCUGAGUACCCACAGAAUUUAGAAUAACUGGAACACAGAAUGACUCUACGAUUCUAAAUGUAAAGUGAAUACCAAAGAAUAAUUCUGGGUCUACCAGUUAAAGGGUGAAAUGUUUGUCCUGCCCCACCAACGUACACUGAUUUCAGACGUUAAAAAACUCAUUAACAAGAAUCCUUCUGAAGCUCUUAACAGACAUGACCAACUCUUUUUCUACAAACCACCCAAGACAGCCUUUCUCAACAUCCCCUGUCUGUGCCUUGAGCAGUAACCACCACAACCCACCUGCAAUCCAUUCCUGCCAGGAGCACAACCAACCACAAGGAGUUUAUAAAAUGAAGGCAUGCCACGUUUCCAAAGCCAGGUCAUAGACUUGUCAUACUGCCUGAUCCUAUGAAAUUUGUUACCUUGGCAUUCCAUCCAGUUUGAAAAUAUAUUAAGCACUUCUGUAUCAAAUGCUUCAGACCUACUUUAUUUAAAAUUGAAGCUUAAACAAAACAAUGCAGCUUUUCUUUAUAGAAAUAACCCUGAACAAAAGCCCUUUUUAACAAAAAUUAAUAAUCUCUUCAUCUAUCCAACGUGCAAAACAAUGGCACAGGACUAUUUCAGUGCUGCCAUCCAUGACAUUAAUAGUUGGUAAUGUUACAAUGGUAUUAAUGAUAUCCCGCAGCAGUUUUUAGGCCCUUACUGUUGUGAAUAAGGAGCCCAUCUCCAUACAAAGCCUGACACAGGGUCUGACUGUGACUGACCCCCCGUUACCAGCAGCAAGACAGGAUCUGCUCCACCUUUACCUUCACCAUGAACGUGAAGUCAGUUAAAGCAGGCGAAUACACGGCUCCACCAGCACAGGGCCCCAUGAUGAGUGAGAUCUGAGGCACCAGCCCAGAACACAGAACAUUUCUC